GACAAACACACACAACAUUCUUCAUCCUUUUUUUGGCCUCUAAUUUCAUCUCUUCCUUCAUGGAAAACCAGUUCUUCCUCAAUGCUCCUCAGCUCCAUUUUGACCCUUCACCACCUCCUUGUCCACCUUCUUGGCAUUCACUCUCUUCUCCCAUGGAUGUUCAAGUUUUGAAUUGCUCAACUCAGAGGACACAUGAUUCCUUUUACACACCGCCAUGGGAGGACAAGUCAACGGAUCAUGCUGUUCAGUUUGAUUCUGCACUCAGUUCAAUGGUGUCUUCUCCUGCAGCUUCCAAUUCCAACAUGUCAACUGAUAAUUUUGUCAUCAGGGAGUUGAUUGGCAAAUUGGGAAACAUUGGUGCUGGUGGCUCUGAUGAGAUCUCACCUCAUUCUCAGCCUUUGCUUCCUGCAUCUUCCUACAUCAAUGGCAAUAACAGCACCAACACUUCAUGUUACAGCACCCCUUUGAGUUCUCCUCCCAAGCUGAGCUUGAACAAGAUCCCCACAAUGAUGAAUCACUUGGUGAAAGAGGGCAUGCCCCCCAGUUUGAAUUCCAGUGUGGCAGAAUUCUCAACUGAUCCUGGUUUUGCUGAGAGGGCUGCAAAGUUUUCUUGCUUUGGAAGUAGGAGUUUCAAUGGCAGGACCACCCAAUUGGGCCCCAGCAAUGCUGAGUUGACUCACAGAUCUUCUCCAUUGGUGGAAAAUGGGAAGCUCCCCAGAGUCUCAAGUAGUCCAUCUCUCAAAGUGCUUGGAUCUCAAAUGAGUGCCCAGGAGAACAAGAAUUCUCCAUUGCAAGACCAAAUGGAAGUGGCCAAUUCUCAAGAGGAAUCAACAAUCUCGGAACAAAUUCCAAAUGGGGACAAUGGGAUGAAACCUUCCCCAUAUGCGAAUUCUAGAAAAAGAAAAGGUCCAUCCAAAGGAAAAGCCAAGGAAACUUCAACCCCCACCAACCCCCCUAUGGCUGCUGAAGCCAGUGAAGAUUCAAAUGCAAAGCGCAGCAAGGCUAACGAAGGUGAGGGCAAUGAAAAUGGCCAAGUGAAGGCAGAGGAAGAGUCCAAAGGGGUAACCAGUAAUACAAAUGAUGACAAACAGAACAAGAGUAACUCAAAACCUCCAGAGCCUCCAAAGGAUUACAUUCAUGUCAGAGCAAGAAGAGGUCAAGCCACUGACAGUCACAGUCUUGCAGAAAGAGUCCGGAGGGAGAAAAUCAGUGAAAGAAUGAAGCUUCUCCAAGAUCUUGUCCCAGGUUGCAAUAAGGUGACAGGUAAAGCACUUAUGCUUGAUGAAAUUAUAAACUAUGUCCAGUCAUUGCAGCGCCAAGUUGAGUUUCUGUCCAUGAAGUUGGCUUCUGUUAACACCAAGCUGGAUUUUAGUAUUGAGAGUCUAAUCUCGAAAGAUAUAUUUCAAUCAAAUAAUUCUUUGGCACAGCCAAUAUUCCCACUAGAUUCCUCAGCACCAGCCUUUUAUGGGCAACACCCUCAACAAAACCCAGCAAUCCACAGUAACAUUCCUAAUGGAACUGUGUCCCACACCUCAGUGGACCCAUUGGAUACUGGUUUGUGCCAAAACCUUGGCAUGCAGUUAUCUCACCUAAAUGCCUUUAAUGAAGGUGCCUCUCAGUAUCCAAUAGCAUUCUCUGAAGGUGACCUCCACACCAUUGUUCAGAUGGGAUUUGGCCAAACUGCAAAUAGGAAAACACCAGUACAAUCUCAGAGUUUCAAUGGCUCAAAUCAAGUACCCCUAUGAAAUUUAAGCUCUGAUAUCACCAUUCAUUACGCCUGAAUUGAAGCUGGGAGGAAUAGAAAAACUGCUUCUGUACACAACAAGAAGAGAUUUAAUUUGAACGACCCCUUGAAUUAUUAAGCCAUUAUUAUCAUAAGUAGGUAUAAUAGAACCCUCUUUUGUCCUUAUGUUAGCCAUGAUUUUAAUUUUUAAUCUUCAGGGGCAGUUCUUUUCAUUAUUUUUUUUUUCUUACAACUAUUCACUGUAAAAUCUUUAGGAUCGAUUCUGUAUUCUCUUGGUGCAAAUUCUUAUUAUUACAGCACCAAUUGUAAGAUAUAGUGCUAAUUAAAGGAGUUUUUCCUCUACCUGCUGCUAUUAUGAUUAUUCCUUUUCACUUUGUCUAUUAUUGUAAGCUUUAUAUAAUUCACACAUCACAUCAUCCCACAAAGAAUUUUCGUGGGACUUUAUUAAAAUCUUAUUAUAGGUCAUGUCAAUUAACCUUCUCCUAAAUGGCGUAAUCUAGUCGAUGUGAUUCUCAAUUUUG